UCGACAGGAAGUCCACCAUUUGUUAUUCUUUCUCUCUGACAAUCAGCAUGAAAUCGACAGAUUCUGGCGAAAGGAACACGGAAAGAUAUAUUUGUUGUAUGCAGGGAUAAAGAAAAUACCCGAGUGAUGUCUUUCAAGACGACAAACUGCCAGAAAUUUCGGUAUUUAGUUUGUUUUGGAUAUAUCUUUUCCAAUGGGCAAGUGUCAAUCAUGUUGUGAACCACCAGGGUCAUCAACAGAGACCAGAUUUACUAGUACACAAAGGCCAGAUUACAGACCACCUCAGCAUACAAUUUCAAAAGAUCUUGAUAGAGGCACAGGUGAUCAAGGUUUUACACCCAUGUCAACAGGAAAAUCAGCCAUCGCUUCGGACAAAAAAAUGUUCACGCCAUACCCAAAACUGCCACCUAUUAAAAAACAUAGCAAUGGGGAGGGGAAGAGACUGUCAUUCAUUUCACGUGAUGUGUCAGAGAGUAAGAUUUUGGCGAUGUUUGAACAAUACAGAGAUUCGGGGGAAGAAGCAAUUUUAGCUGAAGGAAUCGAAAAGUUUUGCUCAGAUCUACAAGUAAAUCCAGAUGAAUUUAUUGUAUUAGUUUUAGCAUGGAAAUUUAACGCAGAAACAAUGUGCAAAUUUACAAAAGAAGAAUUUGUCACAGGGUGUAAAGCAUUGAAAGCUGAUUCAAUUAAAGGAAUUCAGUCAAAAUUUACAGAUCUCUUAAAUGAUGUGAAAAACAAACAAAGCUUCAAAGAGUUUUACAAAUGGACUUAUAAAUUUGGUCUGGACAUUGAAACGGGACAAAGAACACUUCCGAGUGAUAUGGCCAUGGGCCUUUGGAAACUGAUCUUUUCUCAGAGUCAACCACCCGUUAUAGAACAAUGGAUAGAGUUUUUAGAAGAACACCCUAGUAUAAGGGGAAUUCCCCGUGACACGUGGGAUAUGUUCCUGAACUUUGUAGAACAAGUUGGAGAUGAUUUAAGUACUUACGAUGAUACAGAGGCUUGGCCUUCUUUAUUUGAUGAUUUUGUUGAGUAUCAGAAUGACAAACAGAAUCAAAAUGUCAAAUCGUUUUAGUGCCAUUGUUUAGGCCAAAAGAAAUAAAUAAUGAUUAUAUAUAUAUAUAUCUGUUCAGAUUCACAAAAAGUUUUUUAAUGAUUUGUUUAAAAUAAUUUCAGACUUAAUAAUGUUUAUUGAGUAGAUUUCACAAAAUAACUUUCCAUUGAGAUUGAUCGUAAGUAUACUGAAUUUUUCAUGACUUAUCAUCAAUCUUAGUUGUAGGUUGUUUUUUUUUAAACCAACUACAGAACUCCAGCUCUUCAAACAACAAAAUUAUAUAAAAGAUUAAAAUACAUGCAUGACAUGUAAAUCUAAAUGUAGAAUUACCCGAAGUAACCCUAAACAGAUAUAUAAAUAUAUUGUUCUUGGUCUUUUGCAUUUUACUGAGAAGCAAAUAUUGUGGAUUUCAGAUGCACUGCUAGAAAUUUGUCAUGUUUUUUUUUUAAAUGUUGAGAACCUAGAAAAGGUAAAGUACAUGCAGUAAAGGAAUGGUACAUGUAUGUUAUCUAUAAGUCUUUUCAAAAAGGGAGAGGGUUUCACUAAAUACUUUUACCUAAAAGGAAGAAGAUGUAGUCCAACAUAAGACAAAUGUAUUUAAAUACCACACCUAUUUAAAUAUACAUGUAAGAGGACUGGUCCCCUUCCAGGUACAACAUUUUUUAUCAUGUAGUACAUUUGUAGGUGUUUCUUAGUCUCAAAGGUAAAAUAUUGUAAAAGUAACUCUUUUCUAAAAUAAGUAUAUUUCAUGUUAUGAUGGACAUUUUCCCUUUCGAAGAAUUAUGCCUUUAGCAUGUUAAGUAAUAUAUCACAAAAAAAGGUUGCCCCAUGGCUAUAUACUUCUGACAUGAAUGUAAUUUUUUCAUUUAAGAACAGACCUGUUCUAGCAAUGCAUAUGGUGCUCACAAUGUACGUUUCUUAGAAGUGUGCAUCACUGUUUUCUUAGAAAACCUUUAAUGUGUGUAUAUUCUAGUCAGAUAUCAGAAAGUGAUAAAUGUAAGAUUGUUGUCUGUUAUGAUUGAAGUUUGAUGAUUUGGUUGUUGGUCAUAAAUUUUUUAAACCAAAAACCUUAUAAAUGUAUAUGUCUUAUAUAUAUAUAAUAUAAUUUUUUUUAACAUGAAAUAGGUAAAUUGAACUGGAUCCAACAUGUCAAAAGUGCUUCCCACUAGGUGGUA